AUUUUGUGGAGACACCAUUAUUUAAAGAGAAGAGCGGCGGCGGCCACUUCCCCUCUUCGGCCCCGCCAGUCGGCUCGACAGCUCCCCGGUUCCACCGCACACUCCCCUUCAUUGUCCGCUCCUGCCACCCGGUGUGGCUUGUGUGUCCAGUGCAUUCCCCCCACCCCUUUGAUCAGGGCAGCGGCAGCGGCGGCGGCGGCGGCGGGUUCCCGGGUGUGCCCAGCGAUGUCGGAGGCGGUGCAGUUCUCCGAGGCCGAGGCUACGGAACAAGGCCUGGGAGCGGUGGCGGCGGCCGCCGAGUCGGCGGCGGUGGGCCUGAGCGAUGCGGCGCCGGAGGCCAAGGGCGGCGACAGCUCGGCCGCGGUCAUCGAGACGGAAGGGGCCAAGAUCGACGCGAGCAAGACGGAGGAGGACGAAGGAAAAAUGUUUGUGGGUGGCCUCAGCUGGGAUACCACAAAGAAAGAUCUGAAGGACUAUUUCUCUAAAUUUGGAGAGGUGGUAGAUUGCACAUUAAAGUUGGAUCCCAUUACAGGGCGUUCAAGAGGAUUUGGAUUCGUCCUGUUUAAAGAGGCUGACAGUGUGGAUAAGGUUAUGGAACAGAAGGAGCAUAAAUUGAAUGGCAAAGUGAUUGAUCCAAAAAAAGCCAAGGCAAUGAAAAAAGAACCUGUAAAGAAAAUUUUUGUAGGCGGUCUUUCACCAGAUACAGCUGAAGAGAAGAUCAGAGAAUACUUUGGAGCUUUUGGGGAGGUGGAAUCAAUAGAGCUUCCUAUGGACAACAAAACAAAUAAGAGGCGUGGCUUCUGUUUCAUAACUUUCAAGGAAGAGGACCCGGUGAAAAAGAUUCUUGAAAAGAAGUUCCAUAAUGUUGGACUUAGCAAGUGUGAGAUCAAGGUGGCAAUGUCAAAGGAAGUCUAUCAACAGCAACAGCAGUGGGGAGUUGGUCGAGGCACUUUUGCAGGUCGAGGCCGUGGGAGAGGUGGAGGGACAGGUGCUGGAGCCCCAAGCCAGAACUGGAACCAAGGAUAUAACAACUACUGGAAUCAAGGCUAUGGCAGCUAUAACUAUGGCUACAAUAGCCAAGGAUAUGGAGGUUAUGGUGGCUAUGAUUAUCCUGCUUAUAAUAACUACUAUGGAUAUGGUGACUAUGGCAAUCAACAGAGUGGUUAUGGGAAAGCGCCACGACGUGGAGGCCAUCAGAAUAGCUACAAACCAUACUAAGAUUUGUCCCUGCAGCCCAUUGGAAGCAGCGGGAACUUCAUUGCAGGCCAUGUGUCACCCUGACCACACGAUUCUCACAGGCCCGCUCAAUGCGGACAGAGUACGAGACGCUCGCGCUCUCGAAUGCUGCCGUUUGGUAUGGUCUCUUCCAACAUCCUGUAUCAGCAUUAAAAUAAAAUGGAUACUUCAAGCUUUGCCUUCACUUAUUUCUUGCUUAUUAUAUUAAUGUAAUUUAAUGCAUUUUUUACAGGCCCCAGUAAUGGUUAAAUACGACUGCUUACAGAAUAAUUCAUUCUUCUAUGGAUACAGCUUGUCUUUGGACUUUCCAAGUGUAUUAAUAUAUAUUUCUAAAUCCAGUUUAUUAAAUGCUUGCUUUCCUCCCUCCCCCAUUUUAAUAGUCCUGUAGUUGUAAUUGCAAAUAGUCCAUGUGCUAAAGCCAGAUAAUUCCUGAGACUGACAUGUUUUAUUAGCUUGUCACGUGUAGAAAUUUGUAUUUCUGCACAGUGCAUUCAGUGUACUGCUGGGAGGUUUUUAUAAAGUGGCUAACAUUAUUGUUUGGUUUGACAAGUGAAUAAUGGGUAUGGGAACACAAUUUGGGGUACAAGUUUUCAAGUUUCUCUGGAAUUUUAGUUCAUGGACUAUUAAGCAUUUAUAGAUUUUAUGUAGUAAAUAUUUGGUGGUUGAAUUAACUUGAAUUUAAAGCUCUAGGUUUAUAAGGGUGGGUAUUUGAGUAUUGUAAGACUUUUACUUGAUUUGAUGAUCAUUUAAUCUGUUGAAUCUGACCAUCUCCAACAUCCAUUCUCUGUUUGAUUUCUUUUAGGUGAAGCAACAGUAUUUUACUCCAGAUAGAAGAUUCAUAGGAAGUGGUGUUUAGGCCUCUCUAAAGCAGCAUUUAACUGUUCAGUACUUUUUUUUGGUAUCAUUUACCAACUCCUAUCCCAACCCCCCCCCCCCCCCCGCCAUCUGCACAAGAAUCGCUGCCUCCUGUCCCAUCUCAUUGAAUUCGGCUUUGAUUUAAAAAAAAAUAGCUUUUAUUAUUUUUACCUGAUAGAUGUGUUCUCUGUGACCAACCUUUUUUUUAUACAUUUUCUCCCCAUAUGGAUUGUUACAUUGGAUGCAUAUGUGUUCAAUUCAUUGUGACGUCAUUUAGAUAUGGUACAAGUACCCUAUUGGAUUGUUGGUUUUUUAAUAAAACUUUUUUUGUAUAA